AUGCCGCCGGCGCGCCUCGCCAGGGCGCUGCGGGCCGCGCGCGACUCGGCCGCGCAGCGCGCCUGCCCCCUCGCGCUCGCCCUCGACCUCGCCGGCCCGGAGUUCCGCACCGGCUCCGUCUACCACGGACCGGAGGUGCUGCUGGAGCCGGGCGCCGAGGUGCGGCUGGCGGAGGACAUGCGCUGCGACUGCGGCGACGGCACCGGCGACGCGCGCCGGCCCGCGCUCGUGCGGCUCGUCUGCCGCGGCGACCGCAUCCUCAUCGACGACGGCAGCAUCUCGCUCAUCGUCAUCGAGCUUCUGUCGCCUCAGUGUAUCUCACGACAGCUGUUGUACCUCGAGACACGCCGUGCGGUGUGUGACAGCUGGGCAUUGGGCGCGCAGGUGGGCUACAACUACGUGCUGUGCCGCGUCGAGAUGGGCGGCGUGCUGGGCCCAGGUCGGCCCAUCUCGCUGCCCGACGCGACGAUGGGGGCGGCGGCGGAGGUGGCGGUCCAGCUGGGCGUGCACAUCGUGUUCGUGUCGCGCGCGCGCUGCGCCAGCGACGUGCAGGAGGUGCGCAAGGCGCUACUGCCCGCGCGCCCCACGCACAUCUUCGUAUUCGCCAAGAUAGAGGACCGCCAGGGCGUGGAGGCGGCGGCCGAUCUCAUCGAGGUGUCGGACGGCGUGGUGGUGUGCCGCGGCCGCAUCGGGCAGUCGCUGACAGCAGGCGCGGCGCUCGUGGCGCAGAAGGCGGUGGUGGCGCGCUGCCGCGCCGCGGGCGUGCCCGUGCUCGUCGCGCUGCGGCCCUCCGACGCGCCAGAGGUGGCCGAGGCGGCCGACGUCGCCAACGCCGUGCUCGACGGCGCCGACGGGCUGCUGCUCACCGAUGGCGUCACCUACGAGCGUGUCGUCGAAAUCUCCGACGUCUGCCGCGAGGCCGAGGCUGCGCGCUGGGAGAGGCUGGAGGCGAACGAGAUCCUGAGCCUGCAGCCGCCGCCCACGUCUGUGCCGGCGGCGCUGGCCAUAGGCGCGUGGGAGAUGGCGCGGCUGACGCAGGCGUGCGCGCAGGUGGUGGUAGCCGCCUCCGGCCGCAGCGCCAGGAUGGCGUCGCGCUGCCGCCCCCACUGGCCCGUCGUCGUCGUCACCAGAAGCGCCUCCACCGCGGCGCGCUGCCUCUGCUGGUUCGCGCUGCUGCCACUGCACUACCGAUACCCCAAGCUGGCCACCUGGCCUCAAGAGGUGGAGGCGCGUGUGAGUGCGGCGGUGCGGCUGCUGAGAAACCGGGAGAUAGCCAAGCCGGAGGACAGGGUGGUGCUGCAGUACCCCAGCCACGCGGGCAACUCCUACUGCGACGCCAUCGCCGUCUUCGGGGUGAGCGAGCCCUGGACCUUCCACGAAAGAAGCAGCCCUCCGAUGGACCAGAGUUGGUGGCGCCAGAUUUCUGCUUAUCCGUUAUCCAGAAAAUUCACUGGAUAAGCGAAGACAUGGUUGGAAAUAAAUUUCUGGAUUUUUAAAGUC